AUGGUUGUUCUCGCGGCCUCCAUCUGCACCCGCGGCGGGAAAGCUGUCCUCUCGAGGCAGUUUCGAGAGAUGCCCAGAUCCCGCAUUGAGGCUCUCCUUGCGUCGUUCCCCAAGCUGGCAGACAGCGGCACCCAGCACACAAUCGUCGAGCAGGACAAUGUUCGAUUCGUCUACCAGCCUCUCGACGAGCUCUACAUGGUGCUCAUCACCAACCGACAGUCCAACAUUCUGCAAGACAUCGACUCGCUGCACCUCUUCGCCCAGGUCGUCUCCAGCACCUGCAAGACGCUAGACGAGAGGGAAAUCGUCCGGAAUGCCUACGAGCUCCUCAGCGCAUUCGACGAACUCGUCACGCUUGGCUACCGAGAGAACCUGACCAUCAGCCAGAUCAGGACCUUUUUGGAAAUGGAGAGUCAUGAGGAGCGCAUCCAGGAAAUCAUUGCACGGAACAAGGAGCUCGAGGCUACCGAGGAGCGGAAACGCAAGGCGAAGCAGCUGGAAAUGCAGCGCAAGGAGUCCGCCAGAAGUGGCCGCCCUGCCGCCCCGCGAACGCCCGUCUAUCCUACCUAUACCCCUCCCUCCCAGCCUGCUGCCAGCGCAUACGACUCAUACGAAGCUGAGAAGAACAAGUCAUUCAACAAGCCAUCUACCCUCAAGGCAAAGGGAAUGCAGCUGGGCAAGAAGUCAAAGACGACCGACAUUUUCGAAAAGGUCCGAGGAGACCUUGGCGCUGGAGCCGACGACGCUCCUCUCAUCACGCCAACGCCUGCCGCCGCCGCCGAGCCCGAAUCGCGAGUGUCAACUACGCUGGACCGUGAUGCCAUUCAUGUCACAAUUGCCGAGACGAUAAGCGCCAAGCUCUCGAGAGAAGGCGCAGUCAACUCCAUUUCAAUCAACGGAGACUUGACGUUGCGAGUUUCAGACCCCAGCCUAACAAAGAUCAAGCUCGGCCUGCACGCUGUUCCUUCCCAUGGUGCCCAGUUCCGCCCUCAUCCCAACGUGGACCGCAACCUCUUCAACAGCUCCAAGGUUCUGCAAAUGAGCAAUGCGGCUCGAGGAUUCCCAAUCAACCAAGGCGUAGGACUCCUACGAUGGAGAGCCUCGCCAAAGGCGGACGACUCGAGUGCUUGUCCUAUUACCUUCACUGUCUGGAUUAACAAGGACUCCGACAAGUACAACAUCACGGUCGAGUAUGAGCUGACAGGCGGCGAUGCCCUGCGAGAUGUCGGCGUCAUUAUUCCUUACCAAGGAAGCGAGCCUGUUGUCUCCAGCUUCGACGCCUCUUACGAGGUAUCGGGAGAUACGCUGGAGUGGAACAUUGGCUCGGUCGAUGAUGAGAACUCCAGCGGAUCGUUUGAGUUUGAGGCGGAAUCUAAUGAUGAAAACGACUUCUUCCCCAUGACUGUUCGUUUCAACAAGACAACACCGUUUGUGGACGUUGAUGUCACUUCUGUUUCGCUGAUUGAAGAGAACGAGGAGGUUACUUUCUCAAAGGAUGUCAAGUCCGCAGCAGACAACUAUUUGGUCGAGUAG